AAACAUCAAAAAAUAAUGUUUAACAUUAAAUACUCUGUAUUUUUGCUGCUCAGUUGUCUUUUUGAGAUUCAAUUUAGUUUUUAGUGAAUAUAUUAAAAACAACAACCGAAACAGGUGAUGGAAACAUAAACUAAUAAAGAUGAAGUCCGUGUUGACUUAUAUACGCGGUCUUCUUGGUUGGGUUGAUGAAAAUCCAACCCUUAGGACAAGUUUCAAACGCGACAGGGCCGACGAUGAAUACUCUUCAGAUGAAGAAUUACCAGCAUUAAAGCGCGUUAAACAGUUAAAAAGAACAAACUUCCCAGAUAUUAUGACUUCAAAAGAUUCAGUUUCUUGGGAGAAAAAUGGAAAAAAUAGUAAAACCGUUCGUUAUGUGCCAAUACAAUUGGAGGCUGGUCACCCGAGUACAUCAACUCCAAUUGAACCUGUGAAUCAGGGGAGCAGGAUCCGAAAUGUACCAAUUAAAUACAUACCAGUAUUGGAGAAUGGAUCAGGGACUCCAGCACGGAAACCAAGGAUACACACACCAGUGCGCCCAGUCAUUAAUUGCGCUGAUGAUGAUGAUGAUGAUGAUGAGGUUACUCUAGUAGAAGCGAAUCCAGAAAGAGUGACGAAAAAGGCUCCUAGAGUUUACAUCCUCGAUGAUGAUGAUGAAGACAAUCAAAAUGAAGGAGAUGAUGUCAUAUUUGUCAAGAAAAUUUCAAGACCACCAUCAGUAAAACCAUGCAUCAUUCGUAAUCAAGACGUUCCCGACAGCACUGCAAUAGAUCCUGUUUUCUAUAGACUGAAAAAAACAGACAGAUCUUCCCUAUCCCCUAAAACAUUUAACAAAUACAAAAACUUAACCGGCAUCAGUAAACCAUACAAGAAGGUGACUCAAAUUCCAAAAUGGAUGCACACAGGCAAAUCCACGAAUCUCUCCUACUCUAAAAAUAGGUUAUUAGGCUUAAAUGGAGCAAGAACGACUUUAUCAGAAGUUUUUAAUCUAGAUGAGAAAAGGAAUUAUCAAGAAUUAAUAAGAAAAGUUUCAGAGAAUGUUCAACCUAGGAAGACAAGUAAACCGAUAGACAUUGUAAACUUAGCAGAAGAGUCAGAAGCAUUCCGGUUAACAAAACGAACACAGAAGAAUUCUUUAAACGAAAUUAAGUUUGUAGAGAAAGGCUUAGCAGCUGAAAAAGAAAGUGAUGCGACAAAAGAAUAUGACCCUAUCACUGUUGCUUCGAUAAACUCAUCUGAUUCUGAGAUAGAGGUUGUUCCAUCUGAGUCAUCAACUUCGUCUUCUUAUAAAAUAGAACCAAUUAAUACCCUGCUGGAUUCAUUCAAAGAAAAGGCUGUGAUAGCAGAUGAUUGGUUAUCAAAAAUCAAUCUAAAAUACAAGAAUAGAGAUUUGAACACCAAGGAGAAGUUAAGAGAAGCUCAUAGAGAGUCAGAGAUAAUAACUAAAGUAAUAAGGGAACAGAAAUUUGCUCAUUUAGAGAACAAAUUGAAAUAUGAAUUGAGCAUACCAGAGAGUUUAUUUGAGGAGCCCCAGCCAGUAGUGGAGCUACCGACUCUCACAGCUCAGCAAGAGCAGAUGGUGAACAAAGCACUUGGGCCGGGACCAGCAGGACAAAUACUCGUUGAGAAGUUUAAUUUAAGGAUAUCAAGGCGGGAUCUCCAAACCCUCUCUGGUCUAAAUUGGCUGAAUGAUGAAGUGAUAAACUUCUAUAUGAAUUUGCUAAUGCAGCGAAGCCAGGAUAACAAAGACUUGCCAAAAGUGUACGCCGCAAAUACGUUUUUCUAUCCUAAACUGAUGCAGAGCGGACAAGCUGGAUUGAGGCGGUGGACCAGAAAGGUGGACAUAUUCUCGAACGAUCUUAUGAUAGUUCCGGUACAUCUUGGUGUUCACUGGUGUCUCAGCAUUGUGGACUUUGGAGCCAAGAAGGUGUCCUACCUGGACUCCAUGGGAGGACGGAACCAGGCCUGUUUGGACGCAUUGCUGCAGUACUUGCGUGAUGAACAUAAAGAUAAAAAGGGACAGCCUUUUGAUGACAGCGGAUGGAAGACUGAAUGCCUCUCUAAGGACAUCCCGCAGCAGAUGAACGGCAGCGACUGCGGCAUGUUCGCGUGCACGUUCGCGGAGUUCCGCGCCCGCAACGCGCCCUACUGCUUCUCGCAGGCCGACAUGCCGCGCCUGCGCAGGAAGGCCGCGCUCGAGAUCCUCACCGGCACCCUGCUGCUGUGAACCCUCCCCCACCCCGGCACACCCCGGGUCGCACGUGCGGCACGACGCGCCAUAACCUUCCCUGAAGCUUAUAAUUUCAUUUACAUAAAAAAAAACGCCAUCAAAAGAUCUCGCCUCACGAUUACUAGCAGUGUAAUAUGUCCAUUUCAUAUUUCCAUGCUGAAUACUAGUGGUUUUAUAUCAAAUCAUAUACUUUUGGAAUUCUCAAAUUUUCUGACAUGAAGUUUACAAAUCUGCGCAUUACGUCAUAUGUGGCCGUGACACACGGCCGGGCGCAGCGCACGUCGCUCGGCUGCGACUGGUUCUCUGCUGUAUUUGAAGUCCGUGCGAUUUCAUUGCAUGUUAAUUUCAAUCUUUUUAAAAUCUGUGACGCUUUGUACGCUCAUGAUUACAACCGAAGACGUGUGCGGUCACACUACCCCAAACAAUUAAUGAGAAGCUGAUCCCUAUGCUCCUUCUGAAGUCGCACGUGAGCCGCCCCGGGCCAAGGGAGCUCGGACUGAAACUUAAGUAUCUUGUAAAAGGAUCUAUUCAACGAAAUCCAAUAAAUACUAUUUGUGAUAUUUAUUGUCAGUCGAGUCGAGAUCCCAGCUCUCUGAGUAUUGUAGUUGCCAGGAAACGCCGCCCUUUGUACCGUGCGGAGUGCGAGCUCAUCCACCCGACAAGAAAAAAAAAAUAGUUUCCUAUAUUUAAAUUGUAUAUUAACGUUACUCAAUGUUGUGCAGCGAACCGUCGGGUCAUGUCCCUCUGUGUCCUUAACCGAUUCAUAUGAAGGGAGGGAAUGAAGGGAAUAGCCAAGGAGGCGAUGGCUUGGCGCGGUGUCCUAUGUCGCGGUUUCCCAUCGUUGAAAAUGCAUUAAGAAGUUUUGCUUCGAUAAAUAUCAAUAUAAUUAUAUUAUUAAUAUAUGAUUAAAGCAGAGCCCUGCUAAGUGUGAAUGUACUAGUUUUCAUUUAUUUAUUUACAAAGAAGUCGUUAACUGAUUAAUGUCAUAAGGUUUAUUUGUAUUCAAUUAGUGCGUAACGAUUCCGAGUCGCAUCGAGUUUCUAAUACAAAGUACUUAUUUUGUAUUCUUUUGAAAUAAAAUAGUGUAUAAUUCUUAUUUCAUUUCCACAAUUUAACUAUAAUUAUCGGAAUGAGAAGACAAACGGAAAUGUAACGAAGUGCCUAAAGCGAGCUCUCGAUUUAAUCUGAGUCGUUUAUUUGUAAGGAUGGCUAAUCACUGAAAUAUGCUUUUAACCGAGACCACACUUGUCCCAUUAUUUCACUUCAGAGUAUGUUUCCAAAAUAAAUCUAUAUUAUGGACGUUGGUGUAUUGGAUUUUUAAAUUUCAAGAUUUUUUCACUGCACCCCAUAUUUGACCCUCACUGACUACAUAAAGAUAGAGUUAUGAUUAAUAAAGAUUAAAUUUUAAUUGUAAAUGCUUUACAAAUGUGUGGCGCUUAAAAUUUUACAAUGUUUGUGCUUUUUCAAUGGACCUUUUGCCAUUAGAAAGGUGUGAAACAUUUUAACAUAUCCAAAUUAUUAUCUUUUUGUAAAAAAAUUACAAUUAAAUUUGCUUCUCCAAAAUAAAAUAAAUACAUUCCUAAGUUUGUGUUGGGGCCCUACGAUGCAUUUCUGUUUGUCUUGUCACGAUUAAAAACAUAGUUGUAUAAGUAAAUGUGUAUUAUAUAAAGUUAGUAAAUACAUACGUAAGUUAUAAUAUAAAAUAAUCAAAAACUUUGAUGAAUGGAUUGUAAGAAGGCGUGGACAAUCGAACAAUUUUUUUAAGUCAAGACAUAAAUAAAGAAAUGAUAUGUCUA